CCAGUCCGAUUUUAACGGACGCCAUGGUAUGGUCAUCGUCACACAUUAUUUUCAAUAACAAAGAUUACGUAUGGAACCAUGACUACUAUCAACGCCAUUGUUUACCUGAUUCUGAUGCAGGCAUGGAGUCAAGUGUCCGGUCAAGACUCCAACUGCCCCCAGGACUGUACCUUAGUGAAUAUAGCAGCGAGUAACUUUACAUCUGGGGACAACGAUGAUUACACUACCACUGGGCAGGCAUCCUGGGUUACUGAUGGGGUGACGUCAGGGCCGUGUGCAUCAGUCACGUCCAUAUACCCAGCAUGGGAGGCGGAGUUUACACAGAGCAGGACAGUUACCAGGAUCAAGAUAUUCUGGGAAGGUACUGUGUCACCAGCAACAAAAAAAUAA